AUAAAAAAUCUGAAAUUCUGAACAGACAAGUCAGAUUGCUCUUAAUGACCCUCUUGUCUCAUUGUCAGUGAUAGUUUACUUUAAUAAUAAUAAUAAUAAUAUUCUAAUUGCUGUUUAUAAAUAAUAUACAAUAUUUCGAAAAACAUUUCAAUAUACACGUACCGUUUGACACAAAAAAUGAGCUUCAUUUAUUCAAAGAGUGCCAGAUGCUUUCCGAAUGAAUGCUACAUUUGCAAAUCGAGAGAAAAUUUAAUAAGAUGCGAAUGCAAAAUGAUAUCCUACUGUUCCGAAGAUCAUCGACAACAACACCUAUCAAUUCACGAAGAUUUUUGCACAGCAGUAAAAGAAUUGUUGGAAGAAAGAGAAAUUACUCACAUUUUUAAAGAGCUUCAGAAUUUGUAUGAUGAUCCCGAAUGGCCCGAAUGGGAUACAAAAAGAGAAAAAAUCCGGAAUGAAAUCAUAAAGAAACUAGGAAGAACUUUAAGUCCACUGGAGAAUUUUAUGUUUUAUUCUCCACGAAUUUGUUUCGAUUGUCACGAAACAAAACAAGAGGACUUAUUCGAUUGUCCACAUUGUCCAAUAGCGAGCUUUUGCAAAGAACACGAAAAUGAUAAAAUUCAUGAAGAAUAUUGUAAAGUAAUGAAUACAUAUUUAAAUAUAUUAACAACGGCCGAGAAAUUAAAUAUUGAUUUAGAAUUUCUAUCAUUUGGCUUUCCAUUUGUCGAAGAGUGGCUAAAUCAGUGCAUAGAUUAUCUUACAGUAUCGUAUAACACAGUUGAAACAAAAAGUAGUUUUAAGAAAGAGUCGAAAUUAUCUAAAAUCGAUCGAAUUGAUUUUAUUGACGUUGCUUCGAAAAUUAAUAGUGCUUUACAGAAAAUGCAUAAAAAGAUUUCAGAGGAAUUGACAAUUCAUAUCGAUGCCCUUACCUAUGAACACGCAAUCACAAAAGAAAAUUAUUGGGAAUUUCUUUUGCAUCUCAAUCCACAUAUAAAAAAGUUAAAAAUUGUUACAACUGCAACCAAAAAUUGGUCCAAUUUAGAGACGUCUCUUUGUCAAAAUUGUCAUUCAGAGGAAAAAGAAUUAAUUGUUGAAUAUUCGUCAAAAACUUACGACGAUUACAUGCUGGAUGAAAAUUAUCAAGAACCAGAUAUUCUGGUUUACGUGAAAAUCGUCGAUGAGUGUAAUUCUGAAAAACGAAAUAAGUGGAGUGAACUUAACUGUCCCGUAAUUUUGCGAUUUGACACAAAUUCGAUCUUUUGUCAAACACUACAAUUUCUGUCGCUUUCAACAGCGAAGUUUGAAUUUAUUUACGAGGGACAAUUUAAAACACCAUUCGCUACAUUGUCGUCACUUGAAAACAAAGACUACUUUAUAAUUUUACAAUCAAAGGAAAACAAAGUCCUUCCUAAAUCUUUCGUUGCAGCUACGAAUGAAACCACCGAGGAAAAAAAUGGGACAAACACGACUGAAACUGUUUUAGUUAAAAAUCUUGAAUCCGAAAUUCUAAAAUGUGAGAAUAUUGCAGAUGCUUCUAAAGUUACUGAGUCAGAACCAAAGGACAAGUGUCAUUUUAUUUCGACGGCCGUUACCAUUUCUUCCACUGAGUCAAACAAGAAUAAAAAUGAAAAUAUACAAAUUGAAACCGAGAAAAAUCCCUCUAACGAAGAAGUGGAAAAUAAAAGUCCAGCAAAUGCUGAACAAAUAAAGGGACAAAAAUCGGAAGGUCGUAGAACAAUAUCUCCAUCGUCAUCUGUAUGCUCUUUUGUAAUUAUUUCAGAACCCGGAGAAAAGGAAGGAGAAAAUAAAACUGAAGAAAAUGAAAAAUUUUCAAAAUCUGUCGACAACGAAUUUCUUGAUUCAAAUGAAGAUGGAGGAAAAAAUGCGGAAGGCGAUAAUACGCAAAAGAAGAAUAUAGAAGAGCGGAAAGAAGAGAGAAAUAAAAAAAUUAGCGUCAGUUGUAAAAGUUUCGACAAGGACAUCAGUUUUUCUCAGUCGUAUCUACUCGAACAUAUUUCGUAUCUUAGAAACGAAAUCGAAGGUCUUCGACAGCAAUUAAAUUUAUCUUUCAAUGAGGUAACGAAACUGCAAAAAAAACUUGAAAAAGUUUCUUUAGAUUCACACAAAAAGGAUGAGUUUAUGAAGAAAAUAUUAUGCGACAUUGUCGACUUUGCAGACAUUAAAAUUGAAUACACAGAUUCAUUGUGUGAAAACAACAACAUUUAAUCCGUAUUGAAAAAAUGCCUCCAUUUUUAUUUUUUUAAAAGGAAACUUCUAGUUUUUAUAUUUUUUUAAAUUUAAAAUUCAAUUAUUUCUUUCUUAUUUUAUAUCCCCGUUUACUGUUUCAGUGAUUUAUAAGUUAAAAAAUAUUGUUAAAAAAAUGUGAUAUAUACAAUUAGCACUAUUUCGAUUUAAAAUAAUACUUAUCGAAUUUUUAUUUUUGAUUAACAGAAAAAUCUGUUUUGAAUUAAAAAUUCAAUCACUUUUUACAAUGCUUGUGUAUUUCUUUUUUAUAUUUAAACUAGAAAUGCGCUUUGCAUAAAAUUAUUUAAAUACUGAUGUUGACAUUAUAAAUGUUCUGAUAUUAUGAAUAAAUUUACAUAUAUGAAAAAUUAAUUUUUUUUUCUAGAAAAUUUUCGUAGAAUUUACAACUCCGUAUAAUUCAAUUUAAGAAGCUAGGGGUCCAUAAGCCCUACUGUCUGUGACAUUCAAAUAUUGCAGUUAUGUAUAUGUAUUUGUGAUUCUGUGUUAAUUCAUUAUUCUAUGUCGAAAAGUUUAACUUUAAUAAUAUUCUAAUUGUUGUUAAUAAAUGAAAGUUGUUAAAAUGUGAGUAAAAUAUACACAAAACUUAAUUUGAUUGUUCAAUUUAAGCGAGAUUUUUACGUCAACUUGAGAAGAGAAAGAAAAGAUUUCGAAAAACCAGUUGAAAACGGUUUAACCCAGUAAAGAUGCCUAUUUAUUUAAAAAGUGCCAGAUGCUUUCCGAAUGAAUGCUACACUUGCAAAUCGAGAGAAAAUUUAAUAAGAUGCAAAUGCAACAUGAUUUCCUAUUGUUCAGAGGAUCAUCGACAACAACACCUAUCAAUUCACGAAGAUUUUUGCAGAGCAAUAAAAGCAUUGUUGGAAAAAAAGGAAUCACUCACAUUUAUCAAGAGCUUAAUGAUAUAUAUGGUCCCGA